GAUGAUUAUUUCGAUUAUGUUCACUGUCGAUGUGCGCUUGCAGGCUUCAGCAUUAAUGAUUGGAAUACCAAAGUCAUUCCAGAAAUAGUAAGGGUAUCAAAGCCUGCCGCUUUCUUUGAACUUUGCGAACUUGACGUUCAUUCUGUAAAUGCUGGCCCUAUAAUGAAGAAAAUUACCAACGCAGAAAUAUCUCUUGGCUCCUCUCGUGGUGUCGAUAGCACAAUUUUCGAUAAAAUUGGUGAUUUUCUUUUAACUAAUAAAUCUCUAACCAAUAUUAAUCAGCAACAAAAAUACUGUCCCCUUGGCACUUGGGGUGGUGAAACUGGUAAAAUGAACGUUGAAAUGUUUCGUGAUUCAU